UUAGUCUUAGGUUACACUUCAACAAACACAGACACUCCCAUUUCUCUGCAAAUUUCAACAUUUCAUUUAAGGGAAAAAAAAACUCUUUUUUAUUUUCCUUUGUUCCCUUCCCAUGCAACACGGCCACGCCGCCACCACCACCGCCGUCCGAUUACCGCCGCCCCUUGAAAAUUUUCAAUAAUAAUUCAACAAUGAUGACACUAAGCUUCUUGGCCUUUGCCUUUUGCCGUUGAUAGCAACCGUCGGACUCAACAUGGGUCCAGCGGGGGAGCUUCCGCGUUCGGUAUCGAGGGCCAUCUCACCGUCGAUCCUCCGAUAUCGAAACGCUUCGAUCGAUUUUGGGCUCAUGACCCGAAACCCACCUCUCGCCGUCUUGCCAGCCUCCGCCGAUGACGUCGCCAAAUUAAUCCGAACGGCGGCAGAGACGGCGGAGUAUGGUGGGUUUACGGGUCGGCGAAGAGGGCACGGCUUCACGAUAAAUGGGCAGGCGCAGACGGGGAAUGGGGUGGUGAUUGAGAUGAGUGGCGGCGGAAGGGGUGUUUCGCCGCCGUCGCCAGUGGUGUCGGAGAAAGAUAGAUUUGUUGAUGUGUGGGGCGGAGAGCUGUGGAUUGAUUUGUUGAAAUGGACGUUGGAAUAUGGGUUGGCGCCGAGAUCGUGGACGGAUUAUUUGUAUUUGUCGGUCGGUGGGACGCUGUCGAACGGCGGAAUCAGCGGCCAAGCUUUCAACCAUGGCCCUCAGAUCAGCAAUGUCCAUGAACUCGACGUCGUCACAGGAAAUGGGGAGAUAGUGAAAUGUUCAAAUGAAGAAAACCCAGAUCUAUUCCACGGAGUUCUUGGUGGAUUAGGACAAUUUGGGAUCAUUACACGAGCUAGAAUUCUUCUCGAACCAGCUCCUCAAAGGGUUCGAUGGAUUCGAGUAUUGUACUCAAAUUUUGAAGCAUUUACGAAGGAUCAAGAAUGGCUAAUUUCUUUACACUCAAAAACAAAUAAUGAGAAAUUUGAUUACGUGGAAGGCUUUGUAAUCGUGGAUGAAGGUUUAAUCAACAACUGGAGAUCCUCCUUCUUCUCACCGGCUAAUCCGGUCAAAAUAUCUUCCUUUAAUAAUAACAACUCCGAUGGAGGAGUUUUAUACUGCUUGGAGAUCACCAAAAACUACCAUGAAUCCUCAUCUCACACCGUUCAUCAGGAAGUGGAGUCAUUGAUGAAGAACUUGAAUUACAUACCCGAGUCGGUUUUCACAACGGACCUGGGUUACGUGGACUUUCUGGACCGGGUUCACAAGGCCGAGUUAAAGCUCCGGUCGAAGGGCCUGUGGGAUGUCCCACAUCCAUGGCUGAACCUCUUCGUCCCAAAGUCAAGAAUCGCCGAUUUUGACCGAGGAGUUUUCAAGGGUAUUUUGGGAAAUAACACCAGUGGGCCCAUCCUCAUCUACCCCAUGAACAAACACAAAUGGGACCCGAGGACCUCCGCCGUGACCCCAGAGGAUGAUGUGUUCUAUCUCGUGGCAUUGCUACGUUCGGCAUUGGACAAUGGGGAGCCAACGCAGUCGUUGGAGUAUUUGAGCCAUCAGAAUCAUCAGAUCUUGGCAUUCUGUUCCGAAAACGGGAUUGAAGUGAAACAGUACCUACCUCACUAUACGACGGAGGAGGAGUGGGUGGAGCAUUUCGGGGAUAAGUGGCCGGAGUUUCAAGCGAGGAAGAUGAAGUUCGAUCCUCACCACAUUCUAGCCACUGGGCAGAGGAUUUUCCCACCCUUCAAGCCGGUAAACACGGCGGUAUCCCGGUGAUUGACAAGCAAGAAUGGCAGCAGUAUGCACAUACAGUAAUGAAUGAGGAGAGGAAUAUUUUGUUGUAUAUAAUGAAGUAGAAAAGAGCAGAGAAUCAAAAUGUUCUUGAGAAGAGGGCUUUUCUUUUUUCUUUUUUCUUUUUACAGUGCAACACAGCUCAGAAUUGUUUUGCCGAGGACCAGAAAAGGACGGUGGAUUUUCAGCAACAUGGAGAUGGGGUCCUCCAUGAUCAAUGCUGCACAAAUAAUGUACUGCUGAGGCUGUUUUCCGAACGUCCAAUUGCUUUACCUCUGGCUUUUGAUCAUCGGCAGUUUGAUGAUGGGUUCAGUUUUAACUUCCAAGUCUAAACCUUUCAUAAUCUGCCAAUUUUCACUGUUCUACCUCUUUGUUACAUUUUUGUUGAUUCGAGUUAAAGUAUCGCAUUCCCUUAUCAGCUUAUGUAAUCAAAGAAUCCUAUUGUUUCAAAUUCUCUUCAAGCAAUAUCUUGGCUAA